AGCUUGUAUCGUAUUACAGAAGUUCGCAUGCAUAAUAUGGGGAAAACCAAUGUAAUAUAAUCUCUUCAUAAUAAGUUUGGACUGAAAAAUAGUUGACGGUAUAAACUUAUUUCUGAAACUUACUGAUUCCGGUUAAAGAUAAUUUACCAGACAGAUUUGUGAUAGUUUCGUCACACGUGUCAUUGAUAGUUCAACUGAUAAGUUUCACUGUCAUUUACUGAGUGUCUCAUCAUCAUACUUGUUUACAUUACUACGUGUACUUUUUUAAAUAUAACUGCCUACAGUAAGAUUGGUUAUUCUUACACAGUUAAUCGCCAUGGCAGCCAAAACGCGUUUAGGAAGAAUUUGGUUUACCCUUAAGAUUUAUUUUAUUCUGGUGGCAGAGGCUAGAGAUCAACCCAAUGGUCAAAAUAUACAGAAUCAAAGACUGGAUAAAGUGGCAGGAAAAGCAUUCAUUCAAAGAAAUUCUGAUAUUGUGUUCCUUCUAGACAGAUCGGGAAGUGUAGGUGCUGCGAACUUCGAGAUAGAGAAAGGUUUUGUGGAAAGUUUUCUAACACAUAUCGUGAUUGAUGUCAAUGCAAGUAGACUUGCCAUUAUUAGCUACAGUAACACUGCAGAGCGUCACCUAGACUACAUAAAAGAACCAAAGAACAAAUGCCAUCUGGUACGUGACUUAGAGUCUGUAGAGUAUAAGAAUUCUGGUGCCACAAACAUGGGUGCAGGUUUUUUGGAAACUCAGGAUGUUUUUAAAAAUUCUCGAGAUGACGCAAACAAGGUCUAUGACGUUAUAGGUCUUAAGGUUAGUAAUAUAGGUCAUAUAGAUGAGGGAUCCUAA